UUUUUUUUUUUUUUGGUUCUCCAUUAUUUGCUUACAAAGAUUGAAUUUUCUAGUUCGGGUAAGUGGUGCUGGACUCCAUAUAGCUUCUUCAUCUCUUGUAUAUAAUCUUCAUUCUUCUUCACUUAUCAAAAUUUCCUUUGAUUUCUGUUGUAUAUCGUUUUCUGCAAUUUGCAUUUUCUGCUGUUCGCUUUUUAUAAUAUUUUAAAUCUGUUAAUUUCACGUUGGAAGGGAACGUUGGGUACAAUCCCUACAUUCAGUGUUCACAAUAUUUGUAUUUUGCUUAUCCUUUGACAUCUCGUGGUCUUGGUCAAUAUAUACCUCUCAGUUUGUUCCAUUUUUGCCUAGUUUGAGAUCUCAAUAUAUGUUAAGUAUAUCAUAGAAUUUGUUUCCUGAUGCAUUAGUUUCCAUAUCCAUUUCAGUUAUUGCCUUGCUCUUCAAAUAUAAUAUACUGGAUACUGCUUCUAUUUGUACCACUAUUGUGCAAAUCUUUGCUAUCCAAUUGAAUUUCAAUAUCAGAGGCUAAAGAAAUCAUCUGAAUCAUCCUUGAAAAAUUUCCCCCUUUGGUACUCUGCCAUUCACGAAACAAAUUAUUGCCCAUUGAUCUAUUUUAGGAUAGUGUGGUCAAACUCUAAACAUCAAUGUCAAUCAUAUGUGGCUUACCUCUUCUCGAGUGUGUGUACUGUCUCGCAUGUGCCCGCUGGGCAUGGAAAAGAUGUCUCCAUUCUGCAGGUCAUGAUAGUGAGACCUGGGGCCUUGCAACUGCUGAAGAAUUUGAGCCUGUCCCUCGCCUUUGCCGCUAUAUUCUAGCUGUUUAUGAGGAUGAUCUCCGGAAUCCCCAAUGGGAACCCCCUGGAGGGUAUGGAAUAAACCCAGAUUGGGUAAUUCUCAGAAAAACUUAUGAGGACACUCAUGGAAGGGCUCCUCCCUAUAUAUUGUAUUUAGAUCAUGAUCAUUCCGAUAUAGUUCUUGCAAUUAGGGGACUUAAUUUGGCAAAAGAGAGUGACUAUGCAGUGCUUUUGGAUAAUAGCCUGGGGAAAAAGAAAAUUGAUGGUGGGUAUGUCCAUAAUGGGCUGUUGAAAGCUGCUGGAUGGGUUUUGGAUGCAGAGUGUGAUAUUUUGAACCAGUUGCUAAAGAAGCAUCCAAAUUAUACUUUGACUUUUGCCGGACAUUCCCUUGGAUCUGGUGUAGCUGCAAUGUUGACAUUGGUGGUAGUACUAAACCGGGAUAAAUUGGGAAACAUUGAGAGAAGGAGGGUUAGGUGCUAUGCUAUUGCACCAGCAAGAUGUAUGUCACUAAAUUUGGCAGUCAGAUAUGCAGAUGUUAUUAAUUCUGUUGUGCUGCAGGAUGAUUUCUUACCACGGACGGCCACACCCUUGGAAGACAUUUUCAAGUCACUUUUCUGGUAUGGAUCACUUCUUUUGACUGCAGGUCUCUUUGCUGCUGAUGAGGCAAUCAUCUAUUGCAGUUUGCCAUGCCUACUAUGUCUAAGGUGCAUGCGGGAUACAUGUAUACCUGAGGAGCAUCUGCUCAAAGAUCCGAGGAGGCUGUAUGCACCAGGUCGCCUUUAUCACAUUGUUGAGAGAAAGCCUUGCAGAAUGGGAAGAUUCCCCCCAGUUGUGAGGACAGCAGUGCCAGUGGAUGGGAGGUUUGAGCACAUAGUUCUAUCCUGUAAUGCCACUUCCGACCAUGCCAUUAUUUGGAUAGAGAGAGAGGCCAGGAGGGCUCUGGAUCUAAUGCUAGAGAAAGAUCAAAUCAUGGAGAUCCCAGCAAAGCAGAGGAUGGAGCGGCAGGAGACUUUGGCCCGAGAACAUACAGAGGAGUACAGGGCUGCACUGCAAAGGGCAGUGACACUGUCUGUGCCACAUGCAUAUUCACCUUCUCAGUAUGGAACUUUUGAUGAAACGGAGGAAGGAUCCAAAGGAGAAGAAUCACAAAGAUCGAGUGGGGAAUCUUCAAUCGGUUCUUCCGGGAAAAGCAAGUUGAAAGAGAACUGGAACGAGUUGAUUGAACGGCUUUUUGAGAAGGAUGAAUCGGGUCACAUGGUGUUUAAGAAAUCACAUAUGGAUGAUUAAUCAUGAUGGAGUAGUGUAAGGAUAGUGUGAAACAGAGAAGAAAGAUAAACUUGCGGCAAGAAUUAUAUUCCUUCAUUCAUUUGUACUAUAAUUCUUCUUUUGAUUAGUUUGUGCAUUAGUUAAUGCAAAGGUUAAAAAGAUAAUAAAUACAACUAGUUUAUUUGGUGGAGUAUCAUACCUAAAAA